AGACGACGGCAGUCCUAUGAAUUUAACAAAUAAAGAAUUUCAAUCUUGUUUGAUGCUGGUACAUACUAUUUGUGACGAAUUAGGCGCUGAUGCUGCUAAUAUCGACGAGUUGAACGACUAUGCAGCAAUAACAACAGACGCGACGCAGAAAGCUGCAGUUAAUCUAACAGAUGACGGGUGUGAAAAAGAAAAUGCCAGAGCCAAUUCUACACCAUCUUCAAUAACUGUCAAAGAUGACACUGACUCGAGCAAAAAUUUAGUAGCACAUCUAAUGAUCAGGAAGCGUCCCAAGUCAAUUCAAAACGCUUUAGAAAUAAGAAUAGCGGUGAUUGGCAAUGUAGAUGCAGGAAAGGUACAGUUCACAAAGUAUGUUGAAAGAAUAAAAUGCGCAGAAUUUUGACAGAUAUAAUAUAGUCAACCAUGCUGGGUGUUCUAACUAAAGGUGUCCUGGAUGAUGGUCGCGGAAAGGCCAGAGUAAAUCUUUUCCGUCAUAAGCAUGAAAUUGAAUCUGGUAGAACGUCUAGCAUAGGCGGUGAAAUACUAGGGUUUGAUUCCAAGUCCAAUAUGAUACAGUCCACCAGAAGACACCAUUGGGAAGAGAUAACCGAUAAGGCAGCCAAAGUUUUAAGCUUUGUUGAUUUAGCAGGGCAUGAAAAAUAUUUAAAAACUACUGUUUCAGGAAUGACAGGUAGUGCACCUGAAUUUGCUAUGCUCAUGGUCGGAGCGAAUGCAGGAAUGAUCGGUAUGUCAAAAGAGCAUUUAGCUUUGUCCUUAUCAUUGAAUAUUCCUGUAUUCGUGGUUAUAACAAAAAUUGAUCGAUGCCCUGCUCAUGUAUUGGAAUCCACUGUCAAACAAUUAACGCGCAUUCUAAAAUCGAAAUCAUGUCGAAAAAUUCCUCUGUUUGUUGAGACUAACCGAGACGUAGUUAUAACAGCUCAAAACUUUGUCAGUGAACGUUUAUGCCCUGUUUUCAAAGUUAGUAACGUCACAGGUCAAGGCCUUGAUCUCGUCCGCAACUUCCUCAAUAUCCUACCUUCGCUUACCCAGUAUGAUGCUUCUCAGUCCUUUCACUUUGAGAUAAAUGAAACAUAUUCGGUACCGUUCGUUGGUACUGUUGUUAAUGGUGUCGUCAAGACUGGUGUUAUUCAUGUAGGAGAUAAGGUAUUAUUGGGUCCCGACUAUGCUGGGCAAUUUAUAGUAACCACCAUUAAGGGUAUUCAUCGCAAAAGAGUACCGGUGCCAGUAGCUUAUGCUGGUCAGUCUGUCACAUUUGCAUUGAAAAAUGUGAGAAGGAAUAAUCUUCGUAAAGGGCAGGUAUUAUUAGAGUAUGAUAAAGAUGCUCCCCUCAGUGCUUUGCCUAAAGCGUCAAAACGGUUUGAGGCAGAAAUCUUGAUUCUGUAUCACUCUACUACAAUAAAAUCCAAUUAUCAGGCCAUGGUGCAUUGCGGUGCUGUAAGGCAAACAGCAAGAAUCAUUACAACAACUGAGCAAACUAUAUUAAGGACAGGUGAUCGAGCGAAAGUUGAGUUCGAGUUUGUCAAACAACCAGAAUAUUUAAAUAUUGGUAGUCGACUGAUUUUCAGAGAAGGACGAACAAAAGGUGUCGGCAAAAUAACCAAAUUGCUUUGAAGAAAGUUCUGUUAAUUGUGGCAGACUCAACCAUCGGCUGAUAGAUGUAGUUUAUUUUUUUGUUAUAAUAAAGCCGCUGGUUUGGUUGGGUUAACUCAUUAGUUGUCUUGAGCCUAACUUUGCGCGGAAAUUGCCGCUGAAAAAUGGCAUUGUACCUUAAUUUGAUUGUUUUCAUAUGUAACUGAUGUGUCCUAGGACUCGAAAACCUUAAAACAUACAUCCGCACAAAAAAAA